GGCAAUAUGUGCUAGUGCCACAUGUAAAAAAAAACAAUGAAUAAAUACUUAUCCUCGUCCAAAGUUUUUAAAAUUGCAGCUAUUGGUUCAUGUUAUUGUUCUUGCUCAUUUAUAUUUGUUUUAGGUGAAGAACAUAUGUGGCAGAGGUGGGCCCCCAAAUCGACUGUGUUCAGAGCCUCCUUGGUCGUUGGAUCCGCCGCUGCCUGGAUGCUUUCCUGACAUCAGGGGUCUCUUUCUGGAGGAGCCCUCCAUGAGCUCUCCCUUCCCCCCUUCUUGCGUGCGCGUGCGUGUGCAGGGUCUGGCAGCGUAACAUCUGUGCGUACGCGGUCGUGAUUGUUGUGAAGAUGGCGGAGGGGGAGACAGAAAAGGAAUAUGAUACACGGAAAGCCAACGAGGAGCUCCGAGAGCGCUUCCAGGCUCUGACCGCGGCUUUAAAAGAAAGUCCGCAGCCUCCGCUGGAAGCCUCCCUGCACUUCUGCCAGGAGUUCUGCCAGGUCCUGGUAGAACAUGCUGGUCGUUGGAAAACUGAUGAAGACCCGCUGCCUUUGCUGGAGGUUUACACUGUGGCCAUCCUCAGCUUUGCAAAGGCUGCUUCCUGUCUCUCCUCCGAUUGUGAAAACGUGCCACUCCUACUUGAAAAGUUAGCAUUGAGCUGUGCGGAGCUGCUGCUUUCAGUGCCCCAGCAUGUCCCUGGUGCCUUAUGGGAGGAGUUUCAGUCCUCCGUGAAGUUGGCACACAGCCUUUUGCAAGAAAGUGGGAGCACACAGCUCCGUCAGCUCUCAGUCCUGGCACAGCAGGACGGCGUAUGGGCCAACACCACAUUAAGCAGCAUCCUGUCCAAUCAAAUUCCUCGGGCUGAACAAGUGCACGAGUAUCUUGAAUCUGAAGGUCCCACUCUUCUCAACAUGCGAAUCAAGCACCUUAUCAAAGUGGACGGCAUUGACAAAGCGGCUGUCCUUGCAAAGAUUUGCUCAGAGUAUCCAGGGUAUGAAGGAAAAGGCAACUUCAAACAGACCUACUUGGUUUGCAUCUGCAUGAUAAAAAGCCAGGAGCAGCUGAUGGAAGAGAUUUCAUCGAUAGAUUGCAAAGAUGCUCUUGAAAUGAUCUGCAACCUGGAGUCAGAGGGAGACGAGAAAGCAGCUCUGUGUUUGUGUACUGCUUUUCUGAAGCGACAGCUCCUCCAAGGAGAUGUUUACUGUGCCUGGGAACUGACGUUGUUCUGGAGUAAACUUCUUAUGCGGCUGGAGGCGUCCGCUGAUUCGUUUCUCGGCCACAGCAAAGAGAUGGCCCUCCUGUGCGGAAAUGUCUGCCACAUUCUGUUUCUCAUCAAAGUUAUCCAAAAUGAGGUUGGAGAGGUGGGUCUUCCAGUAUGCGUGGAAAUGUGUAUUCAAGCUCUAAAAAUGACCUCCAGUGAUCACAAAGAAAGCAAGUCUACCAUCUGUAAGACCAUUUCCUGCCUCCUCCCAAUUGAUCUGGAGGUCAAACGAGCAUGCCAGCUGACUGAGUUCCUCCUGCAGCCGACCGUUGACUCGUAUUACGCAGUGGAGUCGCUGUACAACGAACCCGACCAGAAGCCGGAGGAGGACAGGAGACUGCCGGUGCCGAAUUCUUUACGCUGCGAGUUACUGCUGGCCUUGAAGACACAGUGGCCUUUUGAUCCGGAGUUCUGGGACUGGAAAACACUGAAACGCAACUGCUUGGCCUUGAUGGGUGAGGAGGCAGCUAUUGUCUCAUCUAUUGAUACACUCAAUGACACGGAUGAACAGGAGAUGGAAAGUGCACUUGGCAAACUCCCCGAAUACAAAGAUCUGGAGGAUUUUUUGCUCACCACUACAAAUGAACUCAAUGAAAUUACUGAUGAAAAAGAAAAGAACAGAGAGGCUAAAAAGCUUCGGGAGCAAGGGUUCGUCUCUGCUCGCUUCAGAAACUGGCGGGCCUACAUGCAGUAUUGUGUUCUGUGUGACAAGGAGUUCUUGGGCCACAGAAUUGUUCGGCACGCCCAAAAGCAUUUUAAAGAUGGAGUGUAUCUUUGUCCAAUUUGUGCAGACAGUUUUGAAAGUAGGGAGGUGUUAGAACCACAUGUAGCAUCACAUGUAAAACAAUCGUGCAAAGAGAGACUGGCAGCGAUGAAAGCUGCAAGGAAGGUAACCAAACCACCUCAGUCGCCUAAAAGUCCGUCAAAAAUGGUGAAGGUCCCAGCCAAGACGAGCAUGAGUCCUGUUAAAAUCAACCCUCAAAUUGGCAGCAUUUCUGCAUCUUCUCUGAAGAUGGAGCAACCUGCAGCUGACACUCAGAUCAGUCAAGACUGUUACUGUCCCGUGACAAACUGCACAAAGGCUUUCAAGUUCUUUCGCAACCUAAUGGCUCACGUCAGAUCUCACAAGGAUGACGAGGAGGCCAUGAGGUUUUUAGAAAUACAGAAACAGAAAGUGGUGUGCCAGUACUGCAGGAGGCAGUUUGUAAAUGUCAGACACCUUAACGACCAUCUGCAGAUGCAUUGUGGCACCAAACCAUACAUAUGCAUACAGCUGGACUGCAAGGCCAACUUUAAUUCCAACUCUGAGCUUCUGAUGCACAGAAAAACGCACCCUGAAUUCAAAGCCCAGUGCAUGUUCCCAAACUGUGGCCAGGUUUUCAGCGAGGCCUACCUGUUAUAUGAUCAUGAAGCUCAGCAUUACCUCACCUACACCUGCCAAACGGAUAACUGUGGUAAGAUAUUUUACUCACAGUCUGAAUUUCUGUCUCACCAGGAGCAUCAUAGAACAAAUGAUGCAGUAAACAGUUUUGUUGUUAUAAAUCAAAACCCUGCUGUCCCUGCAAAGGCUGAUCUUCCACCUGAGAGCACUUUGAUUAAUGAAGACGCAUGCCCUGCUGGUUUUGGUUUGGACAGGAAUAACAGAGAUGCAUUUAUGCAAGAAGUCUCAAAGGCAAAUGCAUCAUUGUGCAGAUCACCAGACGUUGCUAAAGAACCUGUGACCAUGAAAGUGAAACAUUCUAUUGAAAACAUGCUGAAUUCAAUGGCAGGUCCUGGGAUGAAAGGACCAGAAAAAUGCUACACUCCACUGACUAACCCCGCUGCAGCACCUGCUGAUGCAACUCUACCACCAGAUGUGCCGCAUGCGCACCAUAAUGUGACCAGGCAAGGCGAUGUUCUUCCAGUGUAUCCUGUUCCCUGUGCAACCAAUCCUGUAGCAGCUCCACAAGACCACCUGCAUAAGGAGGUAUCAUGCAACGACUUUCAGAAAAUGGUCCCGCAAAUCAUCUCUCCGAAGCAAAUCAAGACAGAAAUUCCUGGUUCCAUGCAAGGAUAUCCCUCCAACAGUCCUGCUGUUCCUGCAGGAAACGGGGAGAACUUGCACUGCUGCCCAAAUAAUGAGUGUUCAAGGGCAUACAGUACAAACAAGAGUCUGUCCAGGCAUGUUAAGAAGCAGCAUCCUGAAAUAUUUGAAGAUUGGAAACUGGCAAAGAAAUAUAACAAAGUAGCCAAAAUCACAGCAAAAAAGGGGAACAAGCAGUCCAACCCGCCAGCGAUACUAUGCAACAAACCAGUGGUGCAGCAGAUGGAUUAUCCAAUGGGAUGCUCAGCCUCACCCUCUCAGUGUUAUACUGGAUCAGUUGAGCCUGUGCCUAUAACUCCAAUGGUCAAUCCCUCAUUGUACCCCUCUUGGGGGUGCCAUAACAAUCCCAAUGCAAUGAUGCAGUCAGACAUGUCCCAGCCAUGGUCUCCUCCAAUGAAUAACUGCUACCCUGAUAGCUUCAGUAUGAAUGAGUAUUCCUCCCGCAGCUAUCCUCCCUGGCAGGCAGACCCCUAUCACAACCCCCUGCCUCACCCUUCUGACCGAGAUCCUUCAAUGGCAGCUAUACACGGUUCCACUAUGUCGCCUGCUCCUUCAGAGUCCACUCUCAUGUCUCAGUAUGUCUCCAGCUCUCUGAUGCUUGACAAUGGUGGACACAUGCAUAAUGGAGGACAUCAGUAUGGACUGAUGCACACUGAUGGUACUGGAGACCAUCCCGACGAGAGGAAAAGCAGUGGAAGUAUGAUCGGACACCUGGAGAACGGAAACAGUCUCUCCACCAUUGACACCCUUCCUGAUGGAAGUUAUCACACUCCUUAUGCUCCGAGUGAAAACUCUUGUCUCACUCAGAGCUCUUCCAUUGACAUUCCCAUGAAAAGCAUGAGCCCGGAGGCUCAAGUUGCUUUAAAGGAUUCCAACGAAAUCAGUAAAACAGAGAACAUGUCAAACCCGGGUUACGACAACACUGUCGAUGGCGUGAUCAGUCCUCAGCGCGCCAUUCACAACGAUUUCCCUUACGAAGAGGAGUGCCCUGAUGCCGACUGCCAGGCUAACCCUUCAGAUGAGAAGGGCAGUGACCCGGACACCCUAAAAGGAAAACGCAGCCGGCUGAGCAAGCGCACCAAGUGGCCUGCAAUUAUCAAGGAUGGGAAAGUUAUAUGCAGGAGGUGUUUCAGAGAGUUCACAAGCACCAAAUCUCUUGGUGGUCAUCUCUCGAAGCGCUCACAGUGCAAACCUCUGGAUGAAAUUGACCUGACAGCAGACCUUCCUACGUCGUUUCUGGAUUUUCUCAAUGAUCCUCAUGUCCCUGAUACUAAUGGCUCGGGGUACAACGUGCCAAACGGCGAUUUCUCAGAUGGAUCUUGCAACCUCACCACUCUGACUUCACCUGUGAUGCUAAAGCAGGAGCCUCAGAAUACAAACAUAAUGGAUGAUUCAAAUUCCUUCCCAGUUUGCCCUGAAAAUCAGCAGGAGAAACCAGCAGAGACAGCUAAUCCCCCAAAUGUCGGGCCUUAUCGGGAGGAUAAUCUGAUGGAAAUUUCCAGCGCCUUUCAAAGGAUGGAUUUGAUUGAGGCGGCACAGGAGAAGAUGCGAAACGCUCUGGCCUUAGAGAAAAAGGAAAAGACCUCUGAGGUAGAAAAAAGUAAAAGUAAAAUACAAAGUAAAAGUAAAAGUGACGAGAAGCUCAGUGAAAAGGUACCUAAACCUUUUAAAUGUGACCAGGAUGACUGUGAGUUCUCAUUCAUGACGAAGGAAGCCUUAUUCAAACACUUGAGUAAAAUGCAUGAUUUUUCUAAAGAGAUGAUUGAAGAACUGAAAAGAACCCCAUCCAAACUGUCUCCAUAUCCUUGUCAGAUCUGCCCAAAAACAUUUACAAGAACAACAGGCCUGAGAAUUCACUACGAGAAAGUUCACCGACUGUCAAAGGCAGAAAUGCAGAAGUUAAAAAUCAGUGCUCGAAAUCGGCGUGCCUUCAGACUUAACAAAGAUGGUGUGUUUUAUAGUCCACCAAACAGUGAGCACAACACCAAUCCGCCUGCAGGAUCUGCACCUGUAAUGCCUACUUUAAAACAAGAACCACUUGACGUUGCGAUAGCACCUCAACCAGAUGAUGCAAAUCCUCCAGAAGUUACUGAAAUCACUCCAGGAGAUGCAGUGAAACAGAUCUCGACACCUGAGAUAUUAACUGUUACACGGCUGCCAUCACCCCAAGACUAUCUGGCUGAAAGACCGCUUGGGGGGGUGGUACCGUCAGCUCCUAAAUUAACUCCAGAGCGUCCUAAAGCGGCUGUCGUACACAAGAGUCCAAAAAAGAAAGUGAAUUCCAGUGUGAAACAGAAACUGGGUCCUGUAACCAAAGCAAAUGUGCAGCAAGAAAAAUCAGAGGUGUGUCAGAAUAUAAUACCAGAACCAAAGUCCUCCACUGCAUCUGCCUGCCCUUCCCCAGAGAAGCCAAGCAGCUCCAAAAGCACACCAACAAAGGAGGAAAGGAAGGAGAAAUUUCCAAAAAACUUGAGCCUCAAAUUGUGUGAGACUGACAAUGCCUUCAGUCCCUACAGACCGUAUCGGUGCGUUCAUGAAGGAUGCACUGCAGCGUUCACCAUCCAGCAGAAUCUGAUUCUCCAUUACAGGGCCAUGCAUCAGGCAUCGCUUCCUCCCAACAAAGUCGAGCCUGAGGCCGAGAAAAUUGUCCUGGAGGUUGAACCGGAGAUCAAUCCGGGCAUAGGAAAAGACGAUGAAGUCAGGUGUCAGGUGAGAAACUGCUCCAGGGUGUUCAUGGGAAUCACAAGGUUAGUGCAACAUUACCUCUUGCUUCACAAGUUCACCUGCGAUAAAGCCACUUCCAUGAUGGCCAGCAUGGCCUUAGGAUCGUUCAACUGUGAUCGGCCUGAAUGUGCCCUCCCCUUCGACUCCGUGGAGAAGUACAUCGAGCACAUCAAGAACUACCACAAAGAGAUCGCCAUUUCCGAGAGAGGCUCAGUUGAUCCGACAUUCCGGUGCGAGUAUAACGGAUGCGACCGUGUGUACACUACAAAAUCCAAUCUGCUCCGUCACCUGAUCAAAAAGCACGACUAUGUCUAUGAUCCCAAAGCAACUGAUGGGAGACGGACUAAAUCGAUCGGGCUCUUUCCAGGGAUUAACAAUGGAAAAGAAAACAUAGAAAGCAAAAUCAAAGUGAAAAAGAAGAACACUAAAAAGAAAGAUGGGAAGGCCAUCGAACACUGGACCAGUUUUGGUAAGCCUACACUAAAAUCUCAUGAAGAGGCGUCUGCCAUGUGCACCAAAAAGUCCGCCCUACAGUACCCGUGCAUGAUCAUAGGGUGCGAUGCAGUGGAGCGGGCUGAAAGGAGUAUAUUUAGGCAUUACGCAACUCAUGGCCUGACAGAGAGAUACAUCGAAGAUCAGAGGAGUCAGUUCAUUUUCUGCAAAAAGUAUUCACGCUCCAGAUUCAAAGAUGCAGGCAAGUCAGAAGGUGCAUCAAGUUCCUCUGAGACAGAGCCAGAUGAAGGGGAAAAGCAGAGUGAGCAAAUGCUUAGUGAGCAGAAAACCGAGGAGGUGGUGCUGGAGAAAGUACCCCAAGAAGAAAACAAGGUGUCCUCUUACAAUAUUGCAGAAUCUCAAGCUUCCAAGGUGACAGAAGGAGGCGUUAAAAGAGGGCGUCCCAGGAAACCUCCGCAUCCCACACCAGCUUGUCCACAGAGAAUGCAAACCCUUAGAAACCGCUUGACUGUUAACAGUUCAACAGAGAACUCAAAUCCUGGGAUCCCAACACCCCAGGAGCAACAGGAUGAUGAGGCUACUCUGGGGUCCUUUAAGCCUUUAGGGCUAGAGGAUUCAUUCCUCAAGUUUUUGGAGACCUCAGACACAACAAACGCUUCUAAACGCAAACUAAAUGAGAAAUCCAAUGCAGAAGUGCCCCCCAAACGAAAACAAACUCACAAACGGAAAGCUGCAAUUAAAAGCAAAAAGGCUCUUGAACUCAAAAACCCCAGCAAUGUCGUACACUUCAGAAAUCCUCUAAAUCUUAAAUCUGUGAGUAAUGUAAAAAUUGUUAUGGAUAAAACAUUUUCAGAUGGCGCAGAUUCUGUGCUUAAGCAGUUACAAUAUAUGAAGCCAAUGGUUAUUAUUAAGAAGUGGCUUUACAGCAGAUCAUAGCCCAGUGUUUUGUUUCUAACUCAGUAUUACUCAGGAUUUGAGAUGUUAUGCUGCAGAAUGGUUUGUUUCAUAAAGCAUCAGAUUUCCAACUGUUAACAGUCAUUACCACAGGUGACGAUGAAAUGGCCUAUUUUAUACUUCAUUAAAUAAUGUCUCGGAUGAUUUUAAGUAUGUAUGUUAGUUAUAAUAACCAGGUAAUCUAUAGGGCAUAGAUUUUAGAAACAUGUUUGUAUUUAUGCUUAGUACUGACGAUGUUUUGUUCUGUUUUUUUUUUUGCUAAAUGGACACUUAAAGAAAACUAUGUUUUUAAUAUAUCCCUAUGGGAUUUCAAGUUCUGUUUGUAUUUAUUUCAUCCUUUUUCAACACUAGUAGACCUAUCUGUAAUAUUUACAUGUCUUCCACAAAGUGUUCAAUAAAAUGUUACUGUUUUUUUUUUG